AUGCCCCCUUUGUCCACGACGAGGUACAGCCAGCGACGCACUCGCAUCCCACCCACGUUCAACCUCAUGGUCGUGGGAGGGAAGGGCACCGGGAAGACAUCCCUGUUGCGGCUGUUGCUGGAGACGGCAGACACGUCUCCCAGCGCGACGAUGGACCAGAAGGCUGCGGUGGACCGGUUCUUGAAGGGCUCGACGAAGACGACGCAGGCUAUCCAGACGGCGUGUGUGGAGAUCUGCGAGUCGCGGUUUGACAGGGUGCUGUUCUCCGUCAUCGACACUCCCGGACUCGACUUCCAGGAGGGCCGCGAACUCCGGCUUGAGCGACAGGUCAACACCGUCCUCAAGUACAUCGACGCCCAGUAUGCGGACACGAUGAGCGAGGAGUCUAAAGUCAUUCGACAGAGCAAAGGCGAUCAGCACAUUCACCUCUGCAUCUACAUGGUCGACCCUGACUCUAUCAUGACUGCCGAGGCGCGUAGAGGCUCGUCGUCCUUGCCAACGAAAACGCGAUCCGAGACCACGGUCUCAAUGCGCACUCCGCCCGACCUUGUGCCCGACACUUCCUCCAACGACGAGUCCGAGGCCGAGGAGGACGACGAGACACUGACGAUGUCGCCUGCUGAGAUACGGGUCAUUCGAAGGCUCGCUGCUCGCGCGAACGUGCUGCCAGUCGUUGCCCGUGCAGACUCGCUGACGGACGAAAAAUUGCAGGCGGUGAAAAAUGCCAUCCGAACAGGCAUUGAAGAAGCAAACAUCGAUUUGGGCGUAUUUGGACCCGUGAAGAAGCCUGAUCCCGCCGCGACUCCCAAGAGGCAAACCCGUUUCGCCUCGGACGGCGAGACCAACGGAAAUGGGCACGGAAUCGCCGAGGCGGAUGAGACUGGGUCAGAGGACGGGGAGGACGAGGACGAGGAGCGCAAGUCGCGCCCUGUGAUCAAGCUUCGUCCAAAGAGGCUCGGACGCGACCUCUCUCGCUCCAGGUCGCGGAGGGAUCUCUCGCAGGCAGCUCAGGACGACCGCCGACCCAUCUCGCCAGACAAUACCGACAAGGAGAGCGUCGCCAACGUCCGCUUCUCCGCCCACAUCGUCGCGAAAACCGACGUCAAGAGCCUGAUGCCCUUCGCCCUUAUCGCCCCAGAGCCCACCAAGCGCCGUCGCCGACAGGCCCCCUCUGACGAGGGCCACCCACCGCCCACCGCGCCCACCUCUCCGAGUGUCGAACCCUCAGAGGACGGACAUGACGCGGACACCGUGCCCGCAACCCCAGCCUCAGCCCUAAGUCAUCGCCACUUUGGCUUCCUUCAGGGCCCUCCGGACGCCCUGAAGGGUCUCUUCAUCCGCAAGUUCAGGUGGGGCACAGUCGAUGUGCUUGACCCCAAUCAUUGCGACUUUGCUGCCUUGAGAACAGCUGUCUUAUCUACUCACUUAAAGCUUUUGAAAAUUCAUACUAAGGAAGUUCUGUACGAGAAGUACAGGACUGAGAAACUUCUGGCGCGGCGCGCAACUCGCCAUAUCUCUGAUGAAGAACGGCAACGAUUGUUAGAAGAUCUUGGAUUGUGA